GAAAAAAUAUUCAGAAAUUUUAACCAAUUAAGAUGAAUUCAAUGAUCUAAGAUUAAAAGAAGGGAUAUGCCAAAUAUGUAAAAAAAUGACUCUUGAAUUCAGAAAAAGAUUUGUGAAUUCCGGUUUUAAAACUAGGAAGAGAUGCUAGCAAUGUGGAAGGGAUAAAAUCUCAUAUAUAUAAAAGUCAUUUCAUUCAGUUUGAAGCAUCCGAAUAUUUUGUUGAAACGAAUAUAUCAAUUUCGACGAGAUGAAAUCGUUAUACAUUUUUAUCUUUAUAACAUUAUUGCUUGUUAAUUAUAUCCAUACCUUAUCCGUGAUUAUAUAUGGAGAAAAUCGUGCUUCAGUUAUAAAUAACAACAAAAUUGAGAAAGAACAAAUAGUUCGUGUUAAGAGAUCUCCUUUAAUUAAAUUACCUUUGCUCGUUGGAGCAACUGUAAUUGGUAAGAAAGCAUUAUUAUUGGGUGGUACUGUUUUUGGAGCUAAGACUCUUAUCGGCGCUGGACUUGUAGGAGCUAGUUUAUAUAAAGCUAAAUAUUAUGGCGGUGGCUAUGGAGAUAAAUAUGCGAGCUAUCAAUAUGCACCAUCUUAUGUUGAAUCAAAUUGGAGCUAAUUCAUGAAUACGCAUGAUG